CCUGCCUUUAGGCACUAAGUUGUUGUGACCCGCAAUACAUACUUUAUCUCCUCCCAACCCCCAAUGCCCUUCUUACUCCUCCUCUUCCUCUCCUUCCUUUCCCCAUCGGCUCGUAAAGAUCUUGUCUUUAUCCUUGAGCUCUUCACCCUUCGUUUCAUCCUCCUCCACCACCCCUCCAUUUCUCCAUCUGUGCGAACAAAAACAAGACUCAGAGACAACAUAGGCACUUCAAGAUGGCUCGUCUCAAUCUAUCGGGGGGCGGUCACGAGUCCCCUACUCCCAUGGUUGAGGCCGGCGCCGGAGCCGACCCCAGGUAAGUCAUCCACAUAGGGUGGCAAAUGCUCAAAAUCCUAUCUUCGCGUCUAUAUGUUUCUUAACCCUGGCAUCCACCUAUCUAAUGUCACUGAUAACUCGCGUUACAGCAUUCCCGCCGCUGUAAUGCCUGGCGGAAGUGACAAGCAGGAUGCCACCUCUCACAAACGCACGAACCACAAGGCUCCCCAGAACGCCCUCUCCUCCCAGGGCAAAGUCGCGGCCACUAGCGACCUCCAGGGAAGCGUGGUCGAUUUAAAGGCGUCUGAAAACGACAGCGACGACGACGACGACGACGACGACGACGACGUGAAGAAUUCAUAUCUCGGAGCCCAUUUCGGAGCCAUGAACGGUAAGCACACCGCGAACCGUCUUUGCGCCCCGCGCGUGAAGGACACGGUUGCCACCCGCGCCCCAGAGGCCGAGGAUGGAAGCGACCAUCAGAGUGCUGCCGAACACCCUACUCAGGAGGCACCGCAGCGUCUGGGACGCCCCCGGAAGCGCAAGGACGCGCCGCCCGCGUCAGACGGCAACAAGGACAGCCGCCCCGCAAAGAAAACUAAGGUCCCUCGACGCGGCCCGGAGGCCGGUGCUACUCCAUCGCGUCACAGCACUCGCGCCGCCGCCCUUCUGGCUGCGAGCAGCAUCGCCCAACAAAACGUACGUAUCCCGUUUCACUUGCACCUCUAGUCUAAGGUUCAUUGUUUUCUUUUUUUUUCCCAUUCUCUUCCCUUCCCACUAGAAUCCCCCCC